CCUGUGCUGAAACUGAAACUGCCCAAGGCGUCAGCAGAUUCUGCUCUUCAGACCUUUUCGGACUUUUGUCUGUCUGUAGGCUACUUCUGCUGCUUCAACAACUGGCUGCACUGAGAAUUGUGCUAAUUUUUCUUCUUCCUCUGCGUUUCAAUACGUUUACAACAUCUCAUUGGAAUACACCUCCAACUGUUUCCGAGCUUGCCAUUCUCUGGACACUGAACAUCUAUGCGGAGUCAUCAUUUUUGUUUGACCACGUCGUGUAAAUGCCCUAAAUGACUAGACUUGAGAAAACGCAUAGAAGUUCCAAUGUGAUGAAUCUGUACAAGAGGAAAAUUACUAGGCUAAGAUGGGUAAUAAGCAAACGAUAUUUACUGAUGAACAGCUAGAUGCUUACCAGGACUGUACCUUCUUCACACGGAAAGAGAUCCUCCGGUUACAUGGGCGAUACCAUGAGCUGGCUCCACACCUAGUACCCAUGGACUACACCAAUGAGCCUGAUGUUACAAUACCCUUAGCUCUUAUAGUCAGCAUGCCGGAACUAAAUGAGAACCCGUUCAGGAACAGGAUCGUGGAGUCCUUCUCUGAGGACGGAGCGGGGAACCUGAGCUUCAACGACUUUGUGGAUAUGUUCUCUGUCCUCAGUGAGACAGCCCCCAGGGAGCUCAAGGCCAUAUACGCCUUCAAAAUAUACGAUUUCAAUGUGGAUAACUUCCUGUGUAAGGAGGAUCUGGAGAAGACUUUGAACAAGCUGACGAGGGAGGAGUUGAGCCCUGAAGAGGUCACCCUGGUCUGUGAGAAGGCCAUCGAAGAGGCUGACCUAGACGGAGAUAGCAAACUGUCCUUCGCUGACUUUGAAAACAUGAUCACCAGGGCUCCUGACUUUUUAAGUACCUUCCACAUAAGAAUCUGAAAGGGCUCCUUGGAAAGGUCUAUAUUCUGAUUUUAUGGCAGAGAUCCUGACCAUGCAAAACACACUGCCCACACACACCCUGACCACAGCACAGUGCCUCUCUGCGGCUACAGACUCUCCCUGGAUGUCUGUCUGUAGAGAUGUCAGCUGAACCAGGAACAGACUGGCUUCGUUCUCACUAUGACCCUGGAUCUCUUCAGUUUGGUUGUCCUCUCUUAGACACACCCACAUUCUCUUUGGCCUCCUGUGUUUCCUCUUCAUUAGCCUUACUUGUUUUUCCUCUGUUUGGUUUGAGGAUGUCGUUUAGUUUUUUUGUUGACGUUUAUAUGUCGUAGUAAUAUUAUUACUACAGCCUCUGAUGGAACGAUGAUGCUUUGUAUGUUUUCUUAAAACGACAGAGAAACAGAAGGUGAAAUGGGAACCUUUAUAAACUGUUCCUCCCCACUCAAACCCAGACCAGCCAUGGAGGAGUACAAGCAGAUCCACAGAAACAUUCCCCUUGUGCCUCAGACCUCCAUACUCAGGUCUCCUUAAUGAACGGAUGAGGACCAUCUACAGCCCUGAGAGGUCAGGACCUGGAACAUGCCUGGUUGAAACCUGCCUGGUGUACAUUAUACAAGACCAGACGACAAAGAGAGAGCACAGACAGAGAGAGAGCACAGACAGAGAGAGAGCACAGACAGAGAGAGGGGACAGACAGAGAGGACAGCGCUGCACUAUUUACUCAUCACACGUAUAAAACAUAAUAUUCUGUUUCUCCUGUUGUUAGUGAAUUGUUGGGUCAUUUCUAAGUCUUGUCCAAAAUGGCAACCUAGUCCCUUGAUAGUGCACUACUUUUGACCCGGGCCAGUAGUGCACUAUCUAGUGAAUAGGGUGCCGUUUGGAACUCCCACCUGCUCUUGAUGAAUUUCUCCAGACAUUUCUAUGUUCUGUUGUUGCUAUAAUUAAUGAUGACGACAUCACAAACCUUCCUGACUGUUCUCUAGUUCUCAUGAAGACAUGUACCCAUCUCUACUAUCUCUACCAUAGCCUCAGACAUCUCUACUGCUACCAGUCUCUUACCCCUCUCUUCAGGGGACCCUCAGACAUCUCUACUGCUACCAGUCUCUUACCCCUCUCCUCAGGGGACCCUCAGACAUCUCUACUGUCUCUUACCCCUCUCCUCAGGGGACCCUCAGACAUCUCUGUCUCUUACCCCUCUCCUCUGGGGACCCUCAGACAUCUCUACUGCUACCAGUCUGUUACCCCUCUCCUCUGGGGACCCUCAGACAUCUCUACCGCUACCAGUCUCUUACCCCUCUCCUCUGGGGAUCCUCAGACAAUUCACAAUGUUGAAAUAGCCCUGAAGUAGCUCACCUGAUUCACCUAUAAGGGCCUGAUUAUUAGUUGACAAGUUGAAUCAGGUGUGCUAGCUAUGGUAUAGGUAAAAUACGUUGAAUGUCUGGGAGUCCAAGAGGAGAGGUUUGGAACAGCUGGGGGUCCCUGAGGAGAGGUUUGGAACAGCUGGGGGUCCCCGAGGAGAGGUUUGGAACAGCUGUGGGUCCCCAAGGAGAGGUUUGGAACAGCUGGGGUUCCCGAGGAGAGGUUUGGAACAGCUGGGGUUCCCGAGGAGAGGUUUGGAACAGAUGGGGGUCUCAGAGGAUAGGUUUGGAACAGCUGGGGGUCCUGAGGAGAGGUUUGGAACAGCUAGUUGUCAUGAGGAGAGGUUUGGAACAGCUGGGGGUCUCAGAGGAGAGGUUUGGAACCGCUGGGGGUCCCAGAGGAGAGGUUUGGAACAGCUGUGGUUCCCAAGGAGAGGUUUGGAACAGCUGGGGUUCCCGAGGAGAGGUUUGGAACAGCUGGGGUUCCCGAGGAGAGGUUUGGAACAGAUGAGUGUCUCAGAGGAUAGGUUCGGAACAGCUGGGGGUCCUGAGGAGAGGUUUGGAACAGCUGGGGGUCCUGAGGAGAGGUUUGGAACAGCUAGUUGUCCUGAGGAGAGGUUUGGAACAGCUGGGGGUCUCAGAGGAGAGGUUUGGAAAAGCUGGGGGUC